AUGAGGCGUUUGAUAUUGUCAAGGAAAAAGAAAGCACACAUAUUGGACAACGGUUUUAAGAAAGUAGUGGAAGUAAUUAAGUUUUUGGCCGAAAGGGGACUAGCGUUUAGAGGCGAUAAUGAAAUACAUGGUGAUCCUAGUAAUGGCAAUUUUCUUAGGUGUAUCGAUCUCUUAGCCAAAUUUGAUUCGUUUCUAGAAGAACAUGUAAGAAGAUACGGUAAUCCAGGCCGCGGAAAAGUAUCAUAUUUAUCCUCCACAACGUAUGAAGAACUAAUAAUUUUACUGGGGUCAAAAGUAUUGGAAAAAAUAGUUACAGAAAUCAAAGAAGCCAAGUAUUAUGGAGUCACUGUGGAUUCUACACCUGACGUUAGCCAUACGGAUCAACUCUCCAUAGUUAUUAGAUAUGUCUCAAAAACUGGAGAUAUAUAUGAAAGAUUUUUGAUGUUUGUUAAAAUAGAAAAACAUGAUGCCAAGUAUCUUUUUGACACUCUAAUUUCAGUUUUAGAAAAUCAGGGAAUAGACCCAAAAUUUUGCAGAUGUCAGUCUUAUGACAAUGCGGCUAAUAUGAGCGGAGUGUAUUCGGGAGUACAAACUAGAUUUAGGGAAAUCAACAGCGCAGCCACUUGGGUACCAUGUGGAGCUCAUAGUCUUAAUCUAGUUGGCACAGGCGGCGGCAGAAAGCUGCUUAGAAGCUCGUCCCCUCAAAGAUGGUCUAAACUAAGGUCUUUGGGAAGUAAAAUUUCUGUAAAAAGACUUUCAGAGACCAGAUGGUCAGCACGUUAUGAGGCUGUAAAAACAUUAUGUGCCCAUUAUGAUGAUAUACGUGGUAUUCUUACAAAUAUUUCAACUAGUGAAGAUAAAUGGGCUGAUAAUUUAGACAUCAAGCUAUUUGAUGAAAAAGAUCAUGAAGUAGAUUAUGAAAAACUAAUAACUGCUACCAAAGAUUAUCUAACCAAAACUAAGAUAUUUGCUAAAGUCAUCCAUAAAGAGUUAGACAAAGUUGGUAAAGAUGUCACUAUCGAUGAUUUCCAACUUAAAGAAGAAGCAAGAUGGAAUGAAUUUGUUAAGUCUAUCAAAGAUGAAGAUGAUAAAUGGGCUGAUAAUUUAGACAUCAAGCUAUUUGAUGAAAAAGAUCAUGAAGUAGAUUAUGAAAAACUAAUAACCGCUACCAAAGAUUAUCUAACCAAAACUAAGAUAUUUGCUAAAGUCAUCCAUAAAGAGUUAGACAAAGUUGGUAAAGAUGUCACUAUCGAUGAUUUCCAACUUAAAGAAGAAGCAAGAUGA